AUGUCCAACAAGCAACAGCCACAGGAUGCGCCAUUAGCUUGGGCCCGAAUUCAGCCAGUUGCCAGCACCGUCUGGCAUUGCAGAUAUGUCGAGCAAGUGCUGUCGCCAUCCGUUCCCGGUGGAGGAUUCUCGGAGGGCUGGGCCCUGGGGAUGCGCCCCGAAGUCACUGCCCCUACCCCCCCCCCUAGCGCCCUUGUCCUUGCAGCCACCGCGACCCGCAACGCGCGACACGGACCUCCAAAACUGCCAUCUCUCCCCCUGCACCUCGAUUGCAAGUUGCAACCUCCGCUGCCCCUCAGACCUCAUGCAGAUGCGUCCUUCUCCAUUGCAGCCCUCGGCGCUGAAUUUCUUCGGCAAGGCGACCCGAAACCCUUUCCAAUAUGCCACCCGAGUUUCCCCUGGGCGGAUUUCCUUGAAGGUCAAGAACAUCGAUUCGAUGAAGUAUAUGACCUUUUUAACGCCCUUCCAGAGCCGGCGAAACUCUUCCCUACUCGGCGGACGCUCGAGGAAUUAGGCGAACUGAUAUGUGAUCGAUUGUUUGCCUCAGAAGAUGACCUGAGACCCCACCAGCUAUUCGCGGUUGAGACGCCGGUCCGUCGCAUCGUUGCUGCUCUGAGAGAGAUGGAGGAAGCCCAGGAGCGCUUUCAGCUGGGGCAGGGGAUAAUUUUUGAGAGCCACCAAAAUACCCUGGAUGAAGAAGUCGAAGAGGUCCAAGAGCUCCUCCUAGCUCGAGAACUGGCAAUUACGGGAGGCAAAGAGCACCCAAAGCUAGUCAAGCCAGACCGGAUCUGUGUAUACAGAGAUCUAGCUGGUCAACAUACUCUUUCCUACUUGGUUGAGUAUAAGCCACCGCACAAGCUUACCGUGUCCGACCUUAAAAAGGGCUUACGUUCAAUGAAUAUCCAGAAAGAGGUGAUUCAGGAGUACAGGAUUCCGAUCAACGACGAAAAGAAACUCCAAUUUGCUGCGGAGAAAAAGGUAGCAAGGGCAGUGUCACAAACAUUCCACUAUAUGAUCGAAAGCGGUCUAGAGUACAGCUAUCUAAGUACCGGAAAGGCGUUUGUUUUUCUUCGUGUUGGAGAAGCUGACCCGACAACAUUAUUUUACUAUUGUUUCACCCCUGAUGAGAAAGUGCACGCGUCUGAUGACCUAAAAGCCAAAAUAUUUCAGACUUCCAUUGCGCAGGUCCUCGCAUUUAGUCUGUUGGCAUUUACAGCAGAGAGACGGAGCCCUGAUUGGCGCGAGCACUGGAGACACACACUCCCAAAGUGGCCCGUGGAUGGAGGAGGCAUGGUACCUCGUACGCCCGAGAAAACGAACAAGCGGAAGACACCCCCAUCAUCCGACUUUAAAGGGAGGCGCCCCUCUGUCUCGCGAUCCUACGAGCUGCGCGUCAGGAAACGCAAUACGUGUAAAGAAGACGAGGUCCUACAGUACUCCGACUCCGAUGAACGUUCAUCCUCCGAGUCGGAAUCGGGAAAUAGAGAAAUACGGGUGGCCGGAAGCCGCACGGGGCUUCAACAGGAAACUGUUCCAGAUAGCCCAACGCCGGUUAGAACAAGGGAAAGGACACAGCGCCGUGACUACUGCACUCAAAGCUGCCUUCUAGGGUUAGCUUGUGGAGGUUCUCUGGAUGAGAACUGCCCGAACGCCUCAGCUCACCGGGUUUCUGGAAGUCUACAUUAUGCUGAAAGCAUGAAGCCUUCCGGCGGGGAGCCUAGCGGUGCUGCUAAGAAUGGAGUGACGAGGUGA